AGUUCCGUUUCAUUCGGCGUGGUUGAUUUCGCAAAUUGGCACCAUCUCCCCAAAAAUCAGUGAAGGCCUCGAAUGUGACGUUUGAAAAUGCCAUAAAUACCUGUAGGCCUAAAUGCUUCCGAAUGGGAGUGGAAUAAUUUCCCGGCGGGCCCCUGUAAUGUCCCAAGGCUGCGCAAAUCGUGAAGGCUUCUAUGUGCAAUGCGUAAGCUGGCAACCAUGUUAGAAAGAGAACGGGAACCAAAAGAGAUGAGAGUGCACAAAACCCAAAAGAAGGCUGAACGUGAAGAAGAGGUGAAAGAAGAAGAGAGCGGCGCUCUUGGGAAGGCAUCGAGAUGAGGAUUUCGAGAAUGAGGAGACUCCUGUCAGAGAAUGAAGAGGAUCCUUUCAGUGAGGUGGAUCUAGAAGAUAGCAUAGCACUUCGUGCUUUUUUGGAACCUUGCUUGUGAGACGAGGACGCGACGAAAAUCAACAGCACAUGCUGCACACAUCAACAUUAUUCCUCAACAAGCCUGUUGGAUAUUACACCCGAGAGAAAUGGCUCAUUUCUCAUCGUCUAGAGACCUCAUGCCAAUGACUUGAAACUCGUUGAGUUCAGUCAUUUCCAGAACGAGGGGCAAAGGUGUUCCAAUUCCUCAUUUUGUGGCAGGACCUAGUUCCACCUGAGUGGGACAAUCGGUGUUCCAUAUUCCAAGCUUGCGUACUUUUUUCCUCCAGACAAGACUCUUGUGAAACGAAUCUCGUGGGCGGAUGCAGCUAUGUUCGCUCUUUAAUGACAUCCGACUACCAGAAGAAAGAGCCCCUUUUACCAUUUGGCUCUCACAUCAAAAGUAAAGGCCGCCCUUUCAUCUCGACCUAAGUCCACCAACAGGGAAGCCAGUGAGCAAGAUGUUGUAACCAUUGGCUCGUUCUCAAAGUGCGUGUGCAUCAUCCAAAAAAAAACCCGAAAAAAGUUGGGCGUCCUUGGGUGUUGAAAGUAAUUGGAUUGGAUUCGCCCAGCCACGAAACGUCUCUGGUAUUAUUUGUGAUUGUGUUGCCCGCCGUGUGCACUGCUUGCUACCAUUGGUAUUCCUAUCGUAAAGGCUGGGAUGACGACUUCUCGGACUGUGACUCGGAUUGCGACGAGUGCAACGUGGGCAGCCUCAACUCGGGCCUUCCCACAUAUGAGACCAUUAACGAUGGAGGAUACAGAUACAAGGAGCGAUGGCGAUAUUACUGCAGAGUUCUCCAGGCCGCAGCGGAAGAAAAGGCCAGGCUCACGCUGCCCGACGCUGAAGGCAAUGGAGAAGCAGUGCCCAUGGGAACUGCCGCCGGAAUAGGCGUGGCAAGCGCUUUUGGAGGGGCGGUGGCAGCCUUUGCCGCGGCCGGCAGCUCGAAGGACGCCAAUGGAAAGGCCAGGUUUUGAGUUGGAUCGACCUGGCACUCUCUUCAUGUCUGUGUGGAAUCCUCGUGGUCAAUGGGUUAUCACUAUUGUUCAUCAUUCCACUUGUCUGUGUAGCCAAUGUUGACACUUGAUCUCUCUCCAAGGAAUAAUGGAUGAUCCUGUUCGACGUUCUCGGACCAUGUUUGUUCACGUUGAAGAGUCUUUGAGGGGAUUGGCAAAGAAAAAACAAACCGAGGUUUUGAUUCGUGGGAAGGAACUGGUCCCAACCAUUGUUGUAGUAAGUCAUGUUGGCUCUGGAAAAGGAGUAGUCGAUCAAGACACACGUGCUUGCUAGUACGUCAAGUGGGGUCUGGAAAUGCAGCCUGGCACUCGAAAAUGCUCCUCGAGUGUGUGUUGUUCCUAUUUUUGUGAUCGUUGUGACUCUUUUGUAUCGCUGUCAAAAUAUAGAUAUGAUACAGUGUAA